UUUAUUUGUCGACGCAGGUUUUUGCUCGCUUGUUGUAAAAAAAUUGUGCAAAAUUAUUAUAAAAAUUAUAGUUUAAUUAAAUAAAAAGUAAUUUGCUUAAAGGUUUCCUUAAUUACUUUACGUAAAGCAUGAAGUUUUCUUAUAUUUUUACCAUAAAAUAAAGUUUAAAAAUGUUUUAAAUUAAAUCUGUUAGGAGGAAGAGGUGAAAAGAAAUUUAUACCAAUUGGAAUUUUUUUUAUACCAUAUAUGAUGAAGCCCCAAAGAAUUUUCAGGAAAUUGUGAAAUAUAUUGAAAUUGUUUAACAAAUUGUGUAAAAAUGAGCAUAAAAUUUAAGGAAAAUUGUUUGAAAAUGCAGGAAAUUGCCACAAGCUGCGUUAAUUUGUGCAUAAAAAUAGAUUUUUGCGAGAUUGUGUAAAACAAAGAAAAUCCUAUCAAAGUAUAAGUGCGAAAAAGAGCGGCAUAUAAUAAUUUGUGUAUGUGUAAAAAAGUUUUUUCCAUUUCUUUCUAUGCUUUAGAUUCUUGAUUAAUCUUUGUCUAUUUUGUUUUUUCUUUCAACACUAAACAAAUAAUAACAACAGCAGCGGCAGCAUAAUAACAACAAAACAUAAAUAAAAAGGAAAAAUCAAAAAGAUAAAUUAAAUUGUAAAGCGAAAAUAAUUAAGAAACCACAAAUUGUAAAAUUCCUUUUUUCUUGUUUGAGACUGACAUCAACAAAGUUUGGAAAUUGUGUGUAUGAGUGUGCGUGUGUGGAAUUGUGAAAAGUGUUGAGAGAGUUUGACAAGUUUUUGUUUUGUUCUGUUAUUCGCGUGUUUAAUUUUUUAUUUAAUAAUUGCUGAAAAAGACUUGAAAGAAAGGAAAUUAGUGUAAACAUUGUAUUGUUUUUUAUUAAAAGAGUAAAAAAAACAAGAUCACUUUGUGGGCUUCGACGGGCUACAGUUAUUGUGACGGCGACAAUACAAACGCCGGCAAAGUGGAUAGCCGUGGAGGGCUAGUGCCCCAGGACUACGCAGGCAUGGUGGGUAUGCCUGGUAGUAGUGCUGGUGGCGUUACAAACGGUGGCCCAGGUGUUGGAGUGUCUCCCGUAGGUCCAGGUGGUGUGGGACCGGGUCAUAUGUAUGCCGGCGUGGGUCCUCAAGAUAUACGUGAUAUUGUACAAAUGCCCCCGCCGCCACCCUCUAAUGCACCCACAUCAGCAGAUGCUUGUCUUAGUAUUGUCCAUUCGUUGAUGUGUCAUCGUCAGGGCGGUGAAAGUGAAGGCUUUGCCAAGCGUGCCAUUGAGUCAUUGGUGAAAAAAUUAAAAGAAAAACGUGAUGAAUUAGAUUCCCUUAUCACUGCCAUUACCACAAAUGGGGCCCAUCCUAGUAAAUGUGUUACCAUACAGCGAACAUUAGAUGGACGUCUACAGGUUGCUGGUCGCAAGGGCUUCCCGCAUGUUAUAUAUGCUCGUAUAUGGCGUUGGCCGGAUUUGCAUAAGAAUGAAUUGAAACAUGUUAAAUAUUGUGCAUUCGCUUUUGAUCUCAAAUGUGAUUCAGUUUGUGUUAAUCCUUAUCAUUAUGAGCGUGUUGUAUCGCCGGGCAUAGAUUUAUCUGGUCUUAGUUUACAAUCGGGACCCAGUCGUCUCGUUAAAGAUGAAUACUCAGCUGGACCAUUGGUGGGUGGCAUGGAUAUCGAUGGCAAUGAUAUUGGCACCAUACAGCAUCAUCCCUCACAAAUGGUGGGACCACCAGGUGGCGGUUAUGGUUAUCCACCAGGACCAGUUACUGAUCCAAAUCACAUGAAUGCUGCUGCUAUGUACGCUGCUGCUGCUGUGGCCGGACGUGCGAUACCAAAAAUUGAACCAAAUGAAGGCGGUGGUGGAGUACGUAAUUCUUGGAUGGUGCCGCCACCGCCGCGACUUCAGCCACCACAGGCUUUACAGCAGUCCACACAGCAAUCACAACCUCCCGGUUCGCAACAGCAACAACAAACCACAAGUCAACAACAACAGCAGCAGCAGCAACAACAACAUACUGCACAAACUCAACAACAUUCGCUUUCAGUGGGUCAUGCUAUGCAAAUGGCGGGACCCAUGAAUCCAGGUGCUGUUAUGGCGCCCCCACAACCUCAGAAUCCUCAAGGCAAUGGUCAUGGUGGUCCACCACAUGGCCAUGGUCCCACGAAUUCUCCCAACGAUCCUACUGGUCUAGGUAUGCAACAGCCUCCGCAGACUGGUCCUCAAAGCGGGGCCCCCAACGGAGGACAACAGGAUGGCUACUACAAUUCACCCACAACUUCACAAAUGCCCAAUGUAGCAGAAGCCAAAUUUAAUGCUGCUCUUAACAGUAGCGGCGGUCAGCAACCCAUCUCCCCUCAUAUGCAACAAAAUGGUUAUGUAUCGGGCCAACCGCCCGGUCAACCAAAUUAUGGCCAACAAGUGUCGGCUAAUAGUGCACAAAAUGCAAAUCAAUCAAAUGCCCCGGGAGGAGUACCAGGUAAUAAUGCACCAGCCGCUGGUACUUGGACAGGAUCAAGUACUUUAACCUACACACAGGCCAUGCAACCGCCAGAUCCCAGAACGUUACUACCAGGAGGCUACUGGAACAAUAUAAAUGUUAUGCCACCCCAAGAACCACCACGUUUAUUGUCACGUCAACCACCUCCCGAAUACUGGUGUUCCAUAGCUUAUUUCGAAUUGGAUACUCAAGUGGGUGAAACAUUUAAAGUACCAUCUGCCAAACCAAAUGUUAAAGUUGAUGGUUAUGUGGAUCCCUCCGGUGAUAGUCGUUUUUGUUUGGGUGCACUUAGUAAUGUGCAUCGUCAGGAGCAAUCAGAAAGGGCAAGACUACACAUUGGUAAGGGUGUCCAAUUAGAUUUACGUGGCGAAGGUGAUGUUUGGUUACGUUGUCUUAGCGAUAAUUCUGUAUUUGUACAAAGUUACUAUUUAGAUCGUGAGGCUGGUCGUACACCUGGUGAUGCUGUACAUAAAAUAUAUCCUGCUGCCUGUAUAAAGGUAUUCGAUUUGCGACAAUGUCAUCAGCAAAUGCACUCACUAGCUAGUAAUGCUCAGGCAGCUGCUGCCGCACAAGCCGCCGCUGUUGCCGGUCUUCCAAGUUCGCAACUGGGAGCACCACCAAGAAAUAUUUCUGCGGCCGCUGGUAUAGGUGUCGAUGAUUUGAGACGUUUGUGUAUUUUACGUUUAAGUUUUGUUAAAGGUUGGGGACCUGAUUAUCCACGACAAUCGAUCAAAGAAACACCUUGUUGGAUUGAGGUACAUUUGCAUCGUGCUCUACAGUUAUUGGAUGAAGUUUUACAUGCAAUGCCCAUAGAUGGUCCUCGUGCUCUUGCUUAGAAUUUAAGUAAUAAAAACAAGCAACUAAUGUCUAGUAAUAAACAAAAACAAAAGAGAUUCUUCGUCUUCUUCUUCUUUUCGAAUGUUGUUGUUUUAACUUGCAAUUUGAAAGGAAAUGAUUUGCAAUUCUUUAAAAACCAUAAACAAAAUAUAUAAGUUUCAGUUAUUUUAAACAAACAUUACAUACGUACAUACUUAGAUACAUAACUCAAAACAUACAUGCAAACAACAUAAUAAUACACACACAUAUAUUAUAUAUUUUUUUAUUUAAUUAUUGUUUAAUUUUAGUUUAUUAUUUUUAAAAUAAUGCCUUUGAUUAAUGCUUUAAAAAAGUGUAAACUUAAACAACAAAAAAGUUUAA